AUGGCGGGAGAGAAAGGACAAGUGGUGGCCAUGGAUAGCAGCAGAACCCUCCUAAUAACCGAUAUUUUAAACCCCAAAACUGUGAUAGGUGUUGUGACAAGUUUAUUUGUUGAUUAUGGCUGGAUUGAUGAAUGCAUCUUCUUCAGCACUGAUGUUGUCAUUGGCAACGUUCCUCCAAAACGUGGACAAAAAGUGAGUGCCUUUGUGGAAGAAGAUAAAAUAUCACAUGGAUUAAAUGCAAUCGCGGUGUAUGCUUUCUUUGAUGAUUUUGACUUCCAUAGACCACCAAACUGCAUAGUCAGAGCUUUAUCUGGCUGUGUUUCUCGUGUAAAGGAAGAUACUGUCUACAUUGCUAAUGAAUAUCACUUCUAUCUGGACAGUAUCUCUAAAGCUAUCCUAGGUUUUAAGCCUUAUAAGGGUGACUGGUUAGACAUCGACUACACUGUGAAUCAUCGAUCCUCAAAAAUCAACAUAUAUUCGUUGAAGGCCACAAAACGUAGGCAUCUAGAUGAGGUCUGCAUUACUGCUGUGAACAAAAAAUGUGGAGUAGUGGACCGCACUAUCUUUUACACCUUGGAAUCUGUGGACAUUCCUGAUGAUUACUUUCCUCUAUUAGGCGAUGUUGUCAAUGUGGUUGUAGUGCAAAGCAUUCGGCCUCACUAUAAUUGGAGAGCAAUUUCCAUCACCCCCAUGACAUAG